AUGAAAAACCAUACAUCAUUACCUACAUUCAUUCUCCUGGGACUAACAGAUGAUCCUCCAAUGCAGGUUCUGAUCUUUAUAUUUCUAUUUGCUUCCUACACAUUGAGUGUCACUGGGAACCUGACCAUCAUUAUACUCACGUUAGUAGAUUCUCGCCUUAAAACUGCCAUGUACUUUUUCCUCAAAAAUUUCUCCUUUUUAGAAACUUUAUUCACCACGGUGUGCAUUCCCCGAUUCUUAUACAGCUUAUCAACUGGGGACAAGACUAUUUCUUAUAAUGCUUGUUUUAGUCAAAUAUUUUUUAUCUUCGUUUUUGCAGCAACAGAAUUUUUUCUCCUGGCCAUCAUGUCCUAUGACCGCUAUGUGGCCAUCUGCAAACCUUUACAUUAUGCAACCAUCAUGAACACUAGAGUCUGUGGAAGACUUGUUAUUUGCUGUUGGAUAGCAGGUUGUCUGGUCAUAUUUCCACCAGCUUCCCUGGGCUUAGAACUGGAAUUCUGUGACUCUAAUAUCAUUGAUCAUUUUCUCUGUGAUGCUUUUCCUGUGCUAAAAAUCUCUUGUUCAGACACAUGGUUCCUAGAACAGAUGGUUUUUACCGUUGCUGUGUUUACUGUCAUUGGAACAUUUCUGUGUGUGGUUCUGUCUUAUACAUACAUCAUCAAGACUAUCAUAAAGUUGCCUUCGGCUCAGCAAAAAAUAAAGGCCUUUUCUACCUGCUCUUCUCACCUGAUUGUGGUUUCUAUCACCUAUGGAAGCUGUAUUUUCAUCUAUGUCAAACCUUCAGCAAAGGAUGAAGUGGCAAUUAAUAAGGGUGUGUUAGUACUUACUACUUCAGUUGCUCCCAUGUUAAACCCAUUUAUUUAUAGCCUGAGGAACAAGCAAGUAAAACAAGCUUUUACUGACUUAAUCAAAAGAAUUUCAUUGAUUUUAAGGAAGCAAAGGAAUGUUGAAGCAUAA